AUGAGGAUCCUCUGUGUGGCGGAAAAACCGUCGAUAGCAAAGGCUGUGGCCGGACAUCUUUCUGGCGGACAGCAGCAGACACGCAACACUCCCAACAAAUAUAUCAAGAACUACACCUUUGAUUAUGAUUUCGGUCAGGGCUGGGGUAACUGUGAUGUGACCAUGACCUCGGUGCUUGGUCACAUUACCACCACGCAGUUUCCGGCCGAGUACAAGGACUGGAGAUUCCCGCCUCCAGACAGCCUGUUUAAUGCUCCUGUUGUGACUACUACUUCCGAAGACAAACUAGAUGUGGCAGGGAAUAUCGAACAACAGGCCAAGUACUGCCAAGGUCUAUGCAUCUGGACUGAUUGUGAUCGCGAAGGAGAGCACAUUGGCCACGAAAUUUGUGAAGCCGCCAAGAGAGGAAACAACCGGAUCCAAAUAAAAAGAGCCAAAUUCAGCAACAUUGAAAGAGCUCAUGUGCUGAACGCGGCAAGACACCUCGUGAUGCUGGACGAGAGGCAGGUCAAUGCUGUUUCCGCCCGUAUCGAGCUUGAUCUGCGCAUCGGCUAUGCAUUCACCCGGUUCUUGUCCAAUAAUUUGAAGCCAAUGGGCGAGCCUCUCACGGCCAUGACACUGAGUUAUGGCUCUUGCCAGUUUCCAACCCUGGGGUUUGUCGUUGAUAGAUAUUUUCGAGUCCGGAACUUUAAACCGGAGCCUUUCUGGAGCAUCAAGGUCAUGCACAAAAGAGAAGGAAUCGAUGUCAAUUUUGCCUGGUCCAGGGGACGUUUGUUUGAUCGGGCUUCAGUCAUCAUUCUCUACGAAAGGUGUCUCGCCGCCAAGAUGGCUCAGGUCACCAAGGUCCAAGAAAAACCGACCAAGAAAUGGAAGCCUCUGCCUCUGACAACGGUCGAGCUGCAGAAGCUGGCUACUAGAUUCCUGCGCAUGUCCGGUCAGGACGCAAUGACCGCAGCUGAGAAUCUCUACAACAAGGGAUUCAUCAGCUAUCCCAGAACGGAGACUGAUCGCUUCGAUUCUGGCAUGAAUCUCCGAGCUCUGGUCCAAAAACAGACCACUGACAACCGAUGGGGUGGUUUCGCGCAAGACCUCGUGGACGGCGGAUAUAAUGACCCAAGAAAGGGGCGAAACGACGAUAAAGCCCACCCUCCCAUUCACCCAAUCACUUACGCCGCGCCAGCUGUCCUGCAGAGCGAGAAUGAAAAGAAAAUAUAUGAGCUGGUAGUUCGCCGCUUCCUGGCCUGCUGUUCAGAUGACGCAAAAGGUAUGGCCACAGAUAUUGACAUCUUGUUUGGCGAAGAAGCCUUUCAUGCACAUGGAGUUGUCGUGCUCGAGCGAAACUACCUCGAUGUCUAUGUCUACGACAAGUGGACCGGCAACGUUCAGUUGCCGAAAUUCACGGUUGGCGAACGAUUUGAACCUUUCGAAGCAAUUAUGACAGAAGGAAAGACUGCGGCACCGAGUUACCUGACCGAAGCAGAUCUAAUCGCCCUCAUGGACGCCAAUGGUAUAGGUACAGAUGCUACAAUGGCCGAGCAUAUUCAAAAGAUCCAAGAUAGGCAAUAUGUCAGUGUUGUACCCCGGUCCGGUCGCCAGGCGGGUGGCGAGGGAGAGGAUGACGAUGAUAGUCCUGCACCUGCUCGAGGAGCCCGGGGCGGGCGCGGAGCUCGGGGAGCUGGCCGUGGCCGUGGUGGUCGCGGAGGGUCGAAUGCCGGAGGCAGCAGAGGCAGUGUGAUGGAGUUCAUCCCCACCAAGCUAGGUGUAGCCCUGAUUCAGGGAUUUGAUGGGAUGAACUUUGACACCAGCCUGGGCAAACCUUUCUUGCGCAAGGAGAUGGAGUUGAAAAUGAAGGCCAUAUGCGAUGGUAGGACAACGCGCCAGGCCGUUCUCAACGAAAGCAUCAACCAGUACCGACAAGUAUACAACCAGUCCCAGGAGAAGCUCAACGUGCUCAAGACAGUAAGCUUUCAGCCUACCAGCCAUCAGUCGGUGGCUGCGUAA